AUGGCCAAGGUAUUCGACGCGGCAGAAGUCGCAAAGCAUAAUACCAGCGAGAGCUGCUGGGUCAUUCUAUACGGCAAGGUCUACGAUGUGACGGACUUUCUGUCCGAACACCCCGGCGGUGCAAAGAUUAUUUUGAAGCUUUCGGGCAAGGAUGCCACGGAGGAAUAUGACCCUAUUCACCCUCCGGGUACCCUUGAGACCGAACUUAAGCCCGAAUGCUGUCUGGGAACCGUGGAUGCGAGCACAUUACCAAAGGUAGAGGGCCUGGCAGAGCCCCAAGAGCCAGCGCAGGGCCCGCCUCCCGUGGAGACUCUCCUCAACUUGGACGAGAUCGAGGAGGUAGCUAGCAAGCAAGUGAGCAAGAAAGCUUGGGCGUACUAUUAUUCGGCUUCCGACGACAUGUUCUCCAAGCGCUUCAAUAACGAGGUGUACAAAUCCAUUCUUCUGCGACCGAGAGUGUUUGUCGAUUGCACAAAAUGUGAUCUGGAUACAUCUAUUCUGGAUUACAAGUUGGGUAUGCCUAUAUAUGUCUCCCCGGCUGCCAUGGCCCGUCUCGGACAUCCUUCCGGUGAGGCUGGCAUUGCCGAAGCGUGCCGUAGCUUCGGUGCAAUGCAGAUCAUCUCGAACAAUGCCUCUAUGACCCCGGAACAGAUUGUCAAGGAUGCUGCUCCUGAUCAGGUCUUUGGCUGGCAGAUCUAUGUUCAAGUCGAUCGGAAGAAGAGCGAGACCAUGCUUGCUCGUAUAAACAAGCUCAAGAAUAUCAAGUUCAUUGUUCUCACUCUUGACGCGCCUGUUCCUGGCAAGCGUGAAGACGACGAGCGCAACAGUUUGGCCGGGGCUUCGACAGCUGUAACCAGCGGCGUGAAAGCCGCGGAGCGUACCUCAGACGACACACCUGAUGUUUCCGGUGCCUCGGGUGGAGUUGGUCAGCAGCUCUUCGCCGGCACGGAUCCUUCCUUGACAUGGCAGGAAACUCUACCCUGGCUGGCCAAGCACACUGAUCUCCCUAUUGUUUUGAAGGGCCUGCAAACUCACGAAGAUGCAUAUCUUGCAUCCCUACACACACCACAAGUCAAGGGCAUCAUUCUGUCCAACCAUGGUGGCCGCGCUUCAGACACAGCGCCGCCAGCGGUGUACACUCUGCUGGAGAUCCGCAAAUACUGCCCUGAAGUCUUUGACAAGCUCGAGGUUUACGUGGAUGGCGGUAUUAAACGUGGCACAGAUGUCGUCAAGGCUCUCUGUCUGGGUGCCAAGGCUGUAGGCAUUGGCCGAGGUGCUCUUUGGGGUUUGGCUGCGGGUGGUGUGGAUGGUGUACGCAGGACAUUGCAGAUUCUCGCCGACGAGACCAAAACUGCUAUGCGGCUGCUGGGUGUGGAGACUGUUGAUAAAUUGGGCCCGCAACAUAUCAACACCCGCAUGGCUGAGCAGCAAAUUUACGAUGGACCUUCGGGUCUGGAUUCAUUACGGCGUGUUUUCCGAGCGAAGCUUUAG